AUGUCACAACAAGCGAGUACCGAACUCACGAUCGAAGAGGGAGAGCUACCGACAAGGUUUGAGAUUGAAUUAGAAUUUGUUCAAUCUUUGGCAAACAUACCAUACGUCACAUAUCUACUGACACAAUUGCAGCUUUGGCAAGACCCAAAGUUUAAAAGAUACUUGAAAUACCUUGAGUACUGGCAUGAGCCGGAAUAUGCCCAAUGCAUUGUGUAUCCAAAUUCUCUAUUCGUUUUGAAACUUUUGAAUACCCUAUUUGAAGGAUCUACAGUGAACGAGAACGGUGUGCUUGAAGGAUGUGAACACGUACCUCGUAUUCUUCAAACUCAGGGUACCCAAUGGAUGAAUGAGAUGGUGGAGAGGUGGAGAGAGUAA